ACCUUAAGUCAACAUUAAAUUCAGCUAUCCAGUUAUUAUCAUUAACUCUGCAUGCAGUAGCUCAACACGCAUUGCAUGAAAACAAGCUGAGUGAAAUCUGCAGCUUCUGAGUAAACCACACACUGAAAGAACUCACCAUACUUAGAAGAAAGUUACUUCCUCAUUUAGGAACAUUUCAGAUGCUUCAAACUUAUUUCCUUUUUUGCCAACACAAUGAAGGAAAAAUCUUGCUUUUGCAUGACUUUGUCUUCCUUGUGGGAACAGAUGGUGAAGGCUUACAAAUACAUGACUGGUAUUUUUUCAGUGACUCAUACCUCAGAGCAACAGGCUUCAGAUCACGACGAGCAGCCAACCAAGAUGGAUGUAAGCUUACUUGAGGAGCAGUAUGACUAUAUAAAACAGAAGCAAAAGCUGCAAUCUCACAUUAUUGUAUUCAAAACAGGUGAAAAUGAAUCUGUUCUCUCAGAAUCAAUGGUCAAUGCUGUUUUAAUUAAUAAGAAUGCUAGGAAAUCAAAAUCAUUUAAAGAGUGUGUUCCUGUCAGAAAGGUCAGACUAGAGUUGACCAGCAACGGCAACCUACAAGACAGCUCACCAUGGCGUACCCAUCUGGGUAUCCAUCGCCUAGCGCAAGCCUCUCACCGAGAAGUUCCCCUUGAUCUUUCCCACUGCAAGAACGGACCAUGUAGUUUUGACAAUCAGAGACUAAUUCCAAAGCAAAAUAGCACACUGCAACACAAGGAAUUAGAAACAGUGAGUGAACAACCCGUGCUCAAUCAACUGGGAAGUUCAAGCACAUUGAACAGCUUCAGCAAAGAGAACAGCAGCAACAUUUCAGGCAUCUGCCAGAAGUCUCCUUCAAAAUCACCUACUUCAGCGGUCUGGACACAUCAACAUGCAUCUUCCACACCAUGUACGCCAGCCUGGAACAAACUAAACUUUUACCCUUUCCCUCAGAAAAAAACACCCAGAAUUUCUGAAGCAGCAAGAAGGCUUGGAUUGUAUGUCUCACACUGAAAAAAUUCAGUAGUAUGUAAAAUUUAGACAAAAACCUAAGUAAAACUGCAGCAUAAUAGUCUUCCCAGUUACUGAUUGACCUGCUGAGGAUCUAGCAAUCUGAUUAGCCAAGGAAGAUUCUUACUACAUAAUCUGUUGUUUUACAGUACAAACACUGUUAGAAGAAGUGUCGUCAUGAUAAUGCUGGACUGCAACAACAGAUAGUCCUAGAGUACUACUAAAUAUAUAUACUCACUUUUGUUCUUCCACAUAUAGGAGCAAUUUUCUCUUUUUAUUUUCUCCUACAUUCAGAUUACUGAUUUUAUCACAGCAACAUUAGAAACAUUUGAAAGCUAUAGCAAAAAUUAGCAGAACUGCUUAUAAAGCAACUAGGCUAGAUUUCAGUCUGGUACAAUUUGAUUAGAUGAUAAGCAAUAAAUGAAACAGUAUUAAAGGGGAUGUAUUGGUACAUUUGAGUUAAAGUAUGAUUUCAUAAUUCACUUUCUUUGGGAAAAAUAUCCAUGAUACAUUUUCAUGUGUGUAUUUUUAAAUCAAUUAAUAAAAAUUAUGUUCAUUUC